GUCCUCGACGACCAAAACCCAAUAAAAUCGAACCAUCCCAUCUGCGGCAACCCACUCCAAACUCUUCAAUGGAUUCUCGAUCCCUUCUCAUCCUCCUCCUCGCCGCCACCAUCCUCACUCCCUCCGCAUCCCAAUCCAGCAAGAACAUAACCCUAACCUCCUUCCUCACCACCACCACCGCCGGCGACAGAAACCUCUCCUGGCUAUCCCCUUCCGGCGAUUUCGCCUUCGGUUUCCUCCCCCUCCCCACCAACUCCUCCCUCUUCCUCCUCGCCAUCUGGUUCUCCAAUCUCCCCUCCACCACCCCCACCACCAUCAUCUGGACCCCAAAUCGAGACAAACCCCUUUCUCCCAACUCAUCCGUCAUCCUCACCUCCGACGGUCGGCUCUCGCUCCGAGAUCCCGCCGGAACCGAAGUCUGGAGCCCCGGAGCUCCGGCCGCCGCUUACGCCGCCAUGCUUGAUACGGGCGAUUUUGUUCUCGCGGGCUCAGAUAGCUCUGUUUUGUGGGAGAGCUUUUCGGAUCCGACGGACACGAUUGUGCCCACGCAAACCCUAAAACCCGAUUCGAAGCUGGUGGCGAAGGUGAACAAUGGUGAUUUCAGCGAGGGGCGGUUCAAGUUGGAGAUGCAGCCGGACGGCAAUCUCGUCUUCUACCAGAUCGCCGUUCCCACCGGACAUCAGUACAGUUCAUAUUGGGCAACUAAUCUCCCCAUCGCCAACUCCAGCUCUGGCCGCAGGCUCGUCUUCAACCUUUCCGGGACAAUCGACCUGAUAUCCCCUGCGGGAACCGUUCAAACAACUCUAACCUCUGCAACAACGAAAUCCACCUCCGAUUUCUACCAUCGAGCAACCCUCGACUACGACGGCGUCUUCCGCCACUAUGUUCACCCAAAGCCCUCCGCUUUCUCAGGCGGCUCCCCCGAGUGGCUGAUCAUGGAUUUCAAGCCCCCCGACAUCUGCCAGUCUCUCCUCACUUCCCCCGGAAGCGGAAACUGCGGCUACGACACCACCCAGAUGGUCUCCUGCCACUGCCCUCCGGGCUAUUCAUGGCGAGAUGCCAACAGGACCUAUUUGGGUUGCAGGCCCAACUUCACCAUGCCCAGCUGCAUCUCCGGUGUGCCGAGCGAGGGGUUUCAGAUGGAGAGAGUCGAAAAACUCGACUUUUGGGGACAGGAUUAUGAUCAGUUUAGCCCAAUGGAUGAGGCCGAGUGCAUGCAGCAGUGUUUGGAUGAUUGCUUCUGCGCGGCUUCGAUUCACGAUGGCCAGAGCAAUUGCUGGAAAAAGAAGCUGCCUUUCUCUAACGGGAGGAAGGGAAGCUAUGUUAACAGAACGGCUUUUAUUAAACUGGGGAACGAUGGCGAUCUUCCAAGCUUUUAUGUUGCCAAGACGAGAACUUUGAGCAUUCUAGCUUAUCUAGCUAUCGCCGGCUCCGUUGCACUGAAUUUCAUUAUUUUAACUCUAACUGUUAUGUUUCUUCGCGCAAGCAGAAGGAAACAGGGGAAGAAGCUUAAAGACAGCAUCUUGGGGCCGAAUGUUAAGGCAUUCACAUACGGAGAGCUUGAAGAAGCCACCCAUGGCUUCAAUGAAGAGCUUGGAAGAGGAGCAUGUGGCACGGUUUAUAAAGGAUAUAUUGGUGCGGAACUCACCGGAACCAUAGCAGUCAAGAAGCUACGGGAUUUACAGCCGGAGAUUGAUAAGGAAUUUGGCAACGAGGUGAAGUCUAUCGGACAAACUUAUCAUAAGAACCUGGUGCGUCUGCUUGGCUACUGCAACGAAGACACGAAGAGGCUUCUGGUCUACGAGUACAUGAGCAACGGUUCUCUCGCGAGCUACCUCUUUAGUGGAAUCAAGCCGCCAUGGAAACAAAGAGUGGAAAUCAUGAUUGGGAUUGCGAGGGGGCUUCGGUAUGUUCAUGAGGAAUGUGGCUCCCAAAUCAUUCACUGCGACAUAAAGCCGCAGAACGUUCUCCUGGACGACAACUUCGUUCCGAGGAUUUCGGAUUUUGGGCUGGCAAAGCUUCUGAAAACAGAUCAGACGAGGACGAACACGGGGAUAAGAGGAACGAAGGGGUAUGUUGCGCCUGAAUGGUUCAGGAACUCCGGCAUAAGUGCAAAGGUGGAUGUUUACAGUUUUGGGGUGAUGAUUUUGGAGAUUUUGUUCUGUAGGAGGAAUGUGGAGAAGGAGAUGGAGGAGGAGAAGGCUUUGCUUACUUUUUGGGUGAGUGAUUGCUAUAAUGAUGGGAGGAUUGAUGCUCUUGUUGAGGGAGAUGAGGAGGCCAUUGGGGAUAUGGGGAGGGUGGAGAGGUUUGUAAUGGUGGCGUUGUGGUGUGUACAAGAAGAGCCGGCUUUGAGGCCAACAAUGGGGCAGGUUACGCAGAUGUUGGAGGGGGUGGUGGGGAUUAUUCCGGCGCCGCCGUCUCCUUGAGGAGUAUGAUCAUGAUGAUCAGUGGAGGUGAUGGAUUUUCUUUUAAUAAUCGUUUCAGAUCAUUUGAUGUAGAUUAAUUGAAAUCAUAGCGUUGUAAAGGUGACAUUUUUUUAUUUUAGAUUCUGACUACUGUUCUAGGCUUGUAAUGGGAGCUUAUAUGUUGAUUUGAUUCUUUCAUUCAAGUAUGAGAAAUGCAAAACAUGUCAGAGAAAACAAAAGCCAAUUACUUUUAAUCCAACUGUGCGGAUUCCUUGAUCUCUGCCAUAAUUAGUAUCUUUCGAACAUUCAGUCACACGAAGUAAGGGUG